ACCGCGACGUUUCAAUUUGACCGUUGGCCCAUUGACAUAGUAAUUUCCUCUUCUUUCCUUCGACUCAUCAUAUAGCGUCUCGUUACAUACUUUUUGGCUUCGUUUUACGACCGCUACUGUUCUGUGAUUCGUGAAGGACAUGACUUGGCCCCUACUACAGCGAUUUCGCUACAUAUUACAGGAGGCCACGGGCGAGAGACAGUACGAAAAGGACGAGUCUCAUUACCGUAAGCCCUUGCCCACACUCCGCCUAUACGUCGUUAUAUAUUGCGUGCUCGCGCAGUCACUCACGCUCCGCUCCGAAGAGCAGGCAAGACGCAAGUCGGUGCGAUGCGCUUGCGCGUGCCGUCUGGAGAGCGCGCUAUAUGUCUGCGACGCAUACCAGAUCAUCUGCACUCGCGGGUUUAGCGUCAACGAUCGUGAAGAAAUCGUCAGACUUACUGAUGAGAAAUACAGGCGUAAGCGGCGCACACCACUCGAACGCUGUGACAUUAGCAUGCGCUCGCAGCGUCCGAUGGUCUGCGGCCGUCUCAUGCGUGUGCCGCCAGACGACGAUGAUUCUAUAGCGCACAUCAGCAUCUGAGCAAGUCCGCUCGGGAGCCAGCAGCCAGCCCGCGGCGGCG